AUGGCGCCCCAAGAUUCUUUCAUAGAAGAGGAGGAGGAUACCUGCCCUCUUUGUAUCGAGGAGUUUGAUCUCUCCGAUCGGAAUUUUCGACCAUGUCCUUGCGGCUACCAGGUCUGCCAGUUCUGCUUCAACAACAUCAAGAAUAAUAUGAAUGGGCUAUGUCCCGCAUGUCGACGACCUUACGACGAGAAGACCAUACAGUGGAAAGUCGUGACGCAGGAAGAAGUCGCCGAGUUCCGUGCCAACAUACAAAAGAACCAAAAGAAGCGAGCCCAAGAGCAACGACAAAAGGAAGUCCAGAAACGCGAGGCCGAGAAGGAGAACCGUAAGAAUCUCAUCGGAGUGCGUGUCGUGCAGAAGAACUUGGUCUAUAUCACAGGCCUCGCCCCUACCGUGCGCGAAGACGAACUACUCAAGACGUUGCGAAAGCCCGAAUUCUUCGGCCAGUACGGCAACAUCCAGAAGAUUUCGAUUAGUAACCGGAAGAGCUCGGAUGGCCAACACCAGUCGCUCGGCAUUUACGUGACGUUUGAGCGCCCCGAAGAAGCGACACGUUGCAUUCAGGCCGUCCACGGUUCCCAGAACGGUGACCGGAUUCUCAAGGCCCAGCAUGGCACGACCAAAUACUGCUCUGCUUGGCUCAAGAACGAGAAAUGCGGCAACCCUGGAUGCAUGUUCUUGCACGAACAAGGUGACGAGGAGGAUAGCUAUUCGAGACAAGACCUGUCGUCCAUGAACAGCAUCCACACUCAGCGGCCUUUACCUGGCGGUGGGUCCUCGCGGUCUGCCUCUCGACAGCAGGCCCCUCAACCCACGCCGCCACCCGUCGUAUCCCAUCCCAUGACUCGCUCUGUUAGUAAGGAAGGGUCGGAGAAUGGCGUCGAUGGAUCGGCACUCCCGUCAUCUGCCAACUGGGCGCGGAAUCCUCAGCGAAGCCGUAGGGGUAGUCACGCUACUAGUGGUGCUGCGUCCAGCCCUGCUGUUUCGAUGUCGUUGCCUGUUACCGCAGAGGCCGUUCCGGAGGAAGCAGUGGAGGAUACCCAGGAGCCGGAAGCUGGCCCAUCGACAGCCAACAAGCCGAAGGAGCCAGAGCCUACGCCUGAACCAAUCAAGGAAACCAAGGGACUCCCCGAGAGCUCUCUCAAGGCUCUUUUGAAGGCGCUGCAGGGCUGCUCUCUUCCUCGCGUUGUUGACCCCGAUUCAGACGAUCUCGGCCCACCUUUGUUCGACGUCCGUGGCGGUGAGAAGCGCAAGGCUAUGCGCGAGGAGGAAGACUCCCGUUUAAGCGGAGAGCAGGAGGAGGCCGCCGAGGCUCGCGAGCCUUCAGAGGGAGAACCGGAGACAGGUGGAAGCUUGGCCCUUGGAGGUGAACCGGAGGAUCGCGACACAACUGGUGACAGCCGAGGCUUUGAUCGUCGACCCAGCACUCAGCCUCCUAUCCAACGAAGCACGACCGAUGGCAAUCCAGGCUCGCGGUCCAUGACACCUCAACAACUCUUCCUCCGAUCCCAGAGCGGGUUCAACGAUGUCCCUCCUGGCAUCUCCAACCAAGGACAAGGCAGCACCUUCCAGGGACAAGGUCACAACCGCCAAUCUUCCCGAUUCAGCUUUGCCAACGACAACGCGAGCUCGGCUACCAAUGUCAAGCUGGCUGCCAACCCGCGCAUCAUGGCUCAGCAGUCUUCCAUGAUGCCCAACUCGUUCCAGUCCCAGGGCAACAACCAGUUCUAUGGCACCUCUAUGCCAGGACCUCCCCCUGGCCUCAAGUCAACUGGCACCCCUCCUAGCAUGUUUGGCCAGUUUGGUGGUGGAUUUGGAGGUGCACCUAAGGACAACUCGACUGAGCUUCUUCAAAGUUUGAUCAACCGCAGGGGGGCAGGCAAUAACCAGGCCCAUGAUGCGGGAAAGCGUGAGUACCUGAUCUCUUCUUUUUCAAACCAGUACCCACCAUCCUCUACCUCCACCCCAGCUCCUGCUUCCGGCCAUCCGGCGUCGCUCUACGGUAACCAGCCCGGAGCAUUCCAAGACAUGGGUUCCAAGCAGAAGAAGAAGGGGAAGAAGCACAGACAUGCUAACACUUCCUCCUCUGGGGGGAGUGGUUUAGUAGAUCUUGCAGACCCGAGUAUCCUGCAGGCGCGAAUGCAGCACCAGUCUCAGGGCAACGCCGGAGUUGGACAGGGCUUGUUUGGUGGUCAGAGUCAAGAUGACGAGCUACCCUCUCUCGACGAGGCCAGGAAUUCAGUUGAUGCGCUGGUCGCAGAUGAUCCCAUCACGGAUUUAGAUGGACGCCGUUCAGUACCCCCAGGCCUAGCCCUUCCGCCAGGUCUACCUACGAACAUCUCCAGGCCGCCGUCCACCCCUGGCUCCUCGAGACUUCACCACGUUGUCCCUGCGCUGCCCAAGGUUCCACCUCCAGGAUUCCCACAGGGUGCUUUGACUCCGGAACACUCGCCCCGAAAGCCAGUCACGCCAAUCUCGGAAGCCAAGAAGAACCUCAAGUCUCUUGCAGCCGAGAGUGGCUUGUCAAAGGAGAUCACGGCACAGUCGCAAACUAAGCAGAUAAAGGGAACCGCCUUGCAAGACGAGGACUUCCCGGCUUUGGAUGCACUGAAGAACAAGGACCGGCCUAGCACACCGACACCAAAAGCAACCCCCAAGGCUAAGAGACAAGCAGAGAAGAUUGUCGACAAGCUUCUGGCAAAGGCCGGGCCCAGCCUGGAGACCAAGAGUCAGGAUGUGAAGCCGGCGAUGACCACAACGGCCGAGAAGAAGCCUGUUUCCAUUGAUACCCGGGCCGCAGGAGGUUCGCCCUCCAAGACUGGAGAGUCAUCGGCAACAACUGAGAAGUCGACGACAGAGCUCUCUGCUGCUUUCCCACCUCUCCCUACCCCUUCCGCCGCCGGUAUUUCAUCCCCUAUUACUCGCACUGCACCCAAGACGUUGCGUGUGGUUCCUACGCAAAGAGUAGAGGCGCCCCCGCCAGCUUCCCCUGCCUUGACGAUGGCCUCAGUUGCAUUGUCGGCGACAUCUAGAGUCAUCUCGGCUUCUUACAGACCCGAAACACCCGCCAGCGAGAUGGUUAGUGACACCGCCUCGGUGAUUUCGGCCUCUGUGACCCAUUCCCGCGCAAGCUCUCCACCUCCAAACAGGAUUGGAUCUGCGGCGGUGAGAACAACGACCAAGAGCCAGCAACGAAAGCAGCGCAAGGAUGCCUUGAAGCAGGAGACUAAGCUGAUUGCUGAAGCCCCGAAGGAGCCAGAGGAGCAUGCACCGGUCCUUGGGCGAAAGAAGAAGCAAAAGAAGGAGAAGCCUGCCAAGGCACCCCAGCCUCGUCCUGCGACACCUGUCCAGGAGCCAGUCAAGGCCGAGCCCACUCCUGCAGAGCCUGCUGUGCCAGAGCAACCCAAGGAGAAAGAGAUAGAACAGAAACCCGUCAAGAGCAAGGCUGCCCAGAAGAAGGCUGCCAAGGGCAAAGGCAAGGCAAAGGAGGUUGAGCCAGAGGUGGCUCCUACGCCGCAGUCACCUCCCCAGGAGCCUGCUGUGACCGAGCCUGAGACCCCUGAAGUGCCAGAGAAGCCACAGCCAGGCCCAUCCUCUGUGUUUACCGAGAUUAAGAACGCCUUGUGGUCCUCGAGCAUCGACAAGUUGCACCUACUCAAGCCUAUCUCAGGCAGCUCAUCCCGCACUGACCCCAACUCUGCCAACAGCAACGCCAAUAAGGCUGGCCAUUGCAAGGACUGCUCUUGCAAGUGUGGUGAGAUUCAGGAUGAAGAUCUGGCAGCUCUGCGCGCUGGAAAGCCUGUCCGCAAGCAGUUCCACGUGGAUGGCAGCCGGAUGCUCAUCACCCCCAACGGAGACUGCAUUCGUGGUCUUACCCCUGAAGAGGAGGAUGCUUUCCUUGAGCUCCAGGCUGCUAUCGCGGCUACAGCAGAGAACCCAGGAGCCUUCAUCGCCCCUCGACACCAGCCAGGAAGCGGCGCCUUUUCUCUGAUCAAGGGCCGAGCCGUUCCUAACGGUCGACCCAACAUCUUCCCUGCCACCGCUCAACCUCAGUCGCAGGAUCCUAUUGGGAAGCUUCAACGUGAGGAUGCGCUCAGCUACAUCAACCAGUACGUCCUCCCUCGCCUCAACCUGGGGGCCACCAACAUGGGAUUCCCUAAGGGGGCAUCUCCUACCAAGGACGCGGCUGCUGCGAGCCUCAACUCUCUGGCACCCUACUUCUACGGGCCUGAUGCUGCUGCUGGCGUUGGUAUCUACACGCCACCUGAUGGAGCCCGAGCGAUGCAGGACUUUAGCUCGGCCGGCAUGUCGAGCGAGGAGCGUGGCAAGAACUUUGGCAUGGGCGUUAGUGGCAUGCCCCUUAUGAGCGUUGAGGAUGCCGAGGGUGCCCUUGCGGCUGCUCGUCGCGAGACGGAGAAGCUGGAGAAGGGGCUGAACCAGGUCAUUCGACGCAACAGACGGCUGCUUCUUGGAAACGGCAACUGA